AUGUGUUAUGAGCAUUUUGUGCAUGAACCUUGGACUGGAGACUGUUGGUGGAAAGUUCAAUCAUCUUUACCUGAAAAUGUCAAAGCCUACCCUGUCUUUGUGCGAUGUGGAAACUUGCCUGUCAAUAUUAGGAACACUGAUGGACUUGGUGGUGGGCAAUUGGUUGGCUGGCUACCAAUAGUUCCUGAUGAUUCCGAGGAGGAUGGAAAGCUCUCGUAUGUCAAUCUCAAAUGUGUUGUAUGGCACAAGGCAUUCUUCAAGCUGCUCAAAACCAUCAUCAUCUAUGCCGAGACAGGGUAUGCAUAUACAUGCUAUGAUGGUGUCAUGAGAUGGUUUAACGUGCGUGAUGGCACUGAUAUGGGAACCAAUUGUCACUGUCCCUGUCCUAUCUGCCUUGUUCCUUCAGACAAGCUCUAUGAUAAUGCUUUCACUUAUCCAAUUCGAUCAUCUGAUGAUGCAAAAGCUUUGGUGGAGCUAUGGACUGGGGACUAUGUAGCUGGAGAAAGCGCACUCAAAAAACAGGGCCUACGGCCUAUUAAGAAUGUAUUCUGGAAAGUCCCGAAUUCUGAUCCUCACGACAUGAUUUCACAGGACCAUUUGCAUGUAUAUCAUAUGGGUCAGUGGAAACAUCCCUUUGGCAAGCUCAAACAACACAUUGCAGCCCUUGGACGCAGUGCCGAGAAGAAACUGGACAAUCAGUUCGAUGCCUUCCCGCGAUGGCGCAAUCUGAAUCACUUUGAUCGGGUUACUAAUAUUACUUACAGCGAUGGUAACAAACUUCGGGAUAUCUCCAAGCAAGUCUUGUAUGUCGCACAGAACAUACUCACAAGUGCAGCAGACGAAGCCGGCUAUGCACUACUAUGGUGUAUAGCAAGCUACCUACAUAUUGACAUGUAUAUUUCACUUGACAUGCAGACUGAAAGCACGAUUGCUGCAGGAAGGGCAGAGGUACUAGAGUUUCAGAAGCGCUUAGAGGACUACAUCAAAAUUGUUGUGGAGACUGAUCCAGACAUGAUCAAGAACUGGAACUUUUCAAAGAUUCACUCUGGAAAGCAUAUAUUUGAUGACAUCAUGGCAAAAGGUUCUGCUCGGAACUUCAGCACUCGACCAAAUGAGAAGCAACAUGGACCAAUCAAAUGGUGGUAUCUAUGGCAAACCAAUCGUAAGGAUAUUGCUGAUCAGAUCCUUGAGCUCAACCAUAUGAGUGUUGUCUCUGAAUUUAUUUGCAGUCAUAUUGAGUGCCUUGAUGAGGAACGACACAAACUCAUGCUUUCACAGGAAGAACUGGAGGACACAGACUUGGAUGACGAGAAAUUUGAAGAACAUUUCCAUAUUGGUUCACCCCUCAAGAAUCAAACAACCCUUUUGCAAGUGGAGGAAGAAAACAAGUCCAUUCGUGCCUUUCACCAGUUUUGGAAGAAACUCGCGACAUUUCUCAACCAUUUCCUUCCCUCUCACAACAUACCACUGCCAGAAGGAACAACAUGGUUGAAACUUUCAGCACAAGACCGGAUUCACGAAUAUCAAUACUUGAAAGUGCAUUACAAGUCUACUGCUGACUGGAAGCUGGCUACUGACUACCUGCGAUGCAACCCAAGCUUCCAUAGCAAAGAACGGCAUGACUGCACUCUAAUAUGCACACUAGACAAGGAUGGCCACGACAAAAAUAUAUUUGUGAAGAUAUUAUGCAUGUUUAAGCACACUGUUGGCAGCUGUACCUUAGAUCUCGCGCUCGUUCUACCUAUGGAUGCCUUGAUUGGCCCACAGUCGGCAUAUGGAUUGAGAACUGUGACUAACUCGACUUUGUGCAUGGCCCGCUUUUUCAUCUGA